GUAACUGACCAGUCAAAACGUCGGCUUGCGCCCUUCCAUCAAUCUUCUGUUUCCUUUCUCCCGACCUUACUGGCCGAGUGCGUUACCACCGACUCACUGUUUCCUUUCCGUUCCCACCACCUCACUUUUGUCUUCGAUUACUCUGCCUCCUCUUCCUCCUCACUCUCUUCCUCCUCUCCCUCCUCCCUCUCUCCCUCCUCUCCCUCCUCCCCUUCGUCGUCAUCCUCAUCCCCUUCGUCGUCAUCCUCAUCCUCCACCUCUCCACUGCCCCACCCCCUCUCACACUCGCCCUCCUCACUCUCUCCCUCCCCCUCUCCCUCCUCUCCCUCCACCUCCUCACUGCCCCGACACUUCUUCUUCUUCUUCCUUCUCUGCCGUAGCAUCUCGCCACACAGCCGAGCGGCCAGUCCAGCAGGCUUGGCUGGUCGACCCUUGGCGCAGGUCGGCCAGACGAACUGACCCUUGUUGUCAGUCUGCAACGAGCACACAGACGACUCGUGCAGACGGGCCGGCGUAUACUGACUGCCUUAUUCUGCAUAUCAAUGCAGUGUGGUGGACCAUCCGGCCAGCCACAGAAACCUCCCGUCACUUACUCGACAACACAAACGCUGCCAAUCCCGACUUGUCUUUCCGUGUCUGAAGGUUCCGAUCCCGAGUCCGCCAAGUACUGCCACCUCUUCAGUGGUGUGCCGGCAGAAUGGGACAAGGAAUUCGAUGAAUUGCCCGCAUUCCUCGAGGCUCUCCGCUCAGCCAACGCUGUGAGUACACGCUGACAUACACACCCCAUCCAAUGGAAAAGACACGGACACAUUCUCUCUCUCUCUCUGUGUGCUGUAUUAUCCAGCACUGGUGGCCUGCAUCUGACUGCAGUCCUGACCACGACAACACGCCGGCAGGCGCAAUGGUGAACCAAUUCUCGGGAAUGCUGCAAAGAUCAGGCGGACACACACACUGGUGGACUCCUUCAUCGUGGGAUGCUUCCACAGUCACCUCUUCUUGGUGUUCUGGCCGUAGAAAUUGAUGUGGUAAAGAUCAGGACUGCAGGGCUCGGCUUUGGUGGAGUGUCCGGCCACGACACCACCAGCUGUGGCAUCCAGGAUCAAGACUUGGCAGUCCGCAUCGCCGUUGUGGAGCUUGACCCCCGUUCUGCUGUACACACGGCCGCCGCUCCUCCAGACGUAGAGAUGCUGACCACGGGAUGGUGCGAUUGUUGCCAUGAUGCCUUGACACACGAGUUUGCCGCUAGGCAACCAUAUGUGAGGACGGAAAUUGAAGUGGAAAACAGAGGGGAAAAGUGGUG